AUGAGUACAGCUGUGACGUUGUUGCCUCCUGUCUCCACUACAACAACUACCUCGGCAACGUCUACUGAUGCGAUUAUUCGAGAUUUAUUCCAGCAAUAUAUUUCUUUAAAUCCAAGUAUUAUCAAAACCGGUCAAACGAUUACAAAUAAAUUUUCCCUUCGAUCGUUACCAAUUAUUGGACAUCUUUUUCCUGAAGUAGAUGAAAAGAAACAGAUUAUCAAUGAACUAUUGGAGUUUCAAAAAGCUACUACCUCUUAUUAUGAAUGGUACGACACAUCAUUAAAGUUGGAUGAACUACUCGGGAAUAACGCUUGGAAAUCUGACCCCACUUCUGAUAUUUACGACUAUGAUUUGAUCUAUAGAAAUCUAAACGAUAUGAGAGAAGCAAGGAUGAAUCAUGAUUAUAAGUUGUUAUUGUAUUACAUUAGAACCCGAUGGGUUAGAAAUAUUGGAAAUAUGGGUGAUGCAAACCUUUACAGACACGCAUAUGUUGGUACUAAACGAUUGAUUGAAGAGUAUAUUCAUGAAUGUCAGGUUUCGUUGGAAUAUUUGAUAAAUCACGACGAAGUUAAUUUGGAUGAUCGGUACUUGUUGGGGAUGUUGAUUCAAACUAGAAAAAAUAUCGGUAGAACUGCGUUGGUUUUAUCUGGUGGUAGUACAUUUGGUAUUUUCCAUAUUGGUGUGUUGACCACAUUGUUUGAGUGCAAUCUAAUGCCAAGAAUCGUAAGUGGUACAUCGGCAGGGUCAAUUGUUGCCAGUAUUUUGUGCUGCCAUUCUAAUGAAGAAACAUUUGAAUUGCUAAGCACAAUAACUUCCAGAAAAUUUAAUAUUUUUGAUGUUGUCGAUUGUGACGUUUCUCAAAUUCAAGGUUCGUUCAAGAAGGUAUUGUACUAUUUGGGCCAUUUGAUUAAGUAUGGUACUAUAUUUGACAUCGAAGGGUUACAGGAUACAAUGCUUGGAUUCUUGGGAGAUUUAACAUUUAGAGAAGCAUAUAAUAGGACCGGGAAAAUAUUGAACAUUACUGUGUCUCCAGCAUCUAUCCAUGAGCAAACCCGUUUACUUAAUUAUUUGACAGCACCAAACUGUCUCAUUUGGUCUGCAGUGUGUGCUAGUUGUUCAGUUCCUGGCAUAUUCCCCUCCUGUUCGGUGUACGAGAAAAACCCAAAGACUAAUGAAAUUCACGAAUGGAAUAAUGACGAGUCUAUGAAAUUUGUAGAUGGUUCAGUGGAUAAUGACUUGCCAAUUACCAGACUUCUGGAAAUGUUUAACGUUGAUCAUAUUAUUGCUGUUCAAGUUAACCCCCAUGUAGUUCCAAUAUUAAGAGUUUCUGUGAGCAACAUUGGAGGUGAUGUUGAGAAUGAUUUGACAUACAAGAUGAAACAUUUUUUGAAUAACGUGUACGACUUUGUGUCUUCUGAAGCCAUCCAUUAUCUUCAGUUACUUAACGAAUUAGACAUCUAUAAAAACCUAUCAAAUAAGGCAAUUUCAAUAUUAUCUCAAAAUUAUUCUGGUGAUAUUACCAUUCUUCCAGAGUAUAAAAUUUCUGACUUCACCAAAGUAUUUGAAAAUCCAAGUUCUGAGUUUCUUCUUGAUUUCAUAUGCAGAGGGGCCAAGGCUUCGUGGCCAAAAGUCUCCAUAAUUCAUAACCAUUGUAGUGUUGAAUUUGCAUUGGACAAGGCUAUUACGAUUUUGAGGGGCAGAAUAAUCACAUCGGCUAGCUAUAGGAUAACAUCGGGUAGUAGUGGAAGUACCGAUGGUGUUAAAAGAAGUCAACUGUAUUACAACAAACCCAAGCCGCAGUCCAUAACGUUGGUUACUUCUCCAGUAAUUAACGACACCCAAUCAAAUACGGCUCCAAAUACACCACUCAAGGGAAACAGACGUCCAUUAGGAGUUCAAAGGCAUCAUUCGACGUCAAAUGCCACAUCAAAUAAUAAACACCAACCACGAUCGAAAAGAAAUUCAAUGAGUGCAACGGAUGGGACUUCAGCUCCUAUAAUUGGUGGAGCUACAACUCCAAAGAGAAAAUUAUCCAAAGGUAUUUCUACGACUGCUUUGAUUCAAUUGGCUCAGGGAUAUCAGCCAGGAGAAGAUAGUAUGACAAAUGGUGAUGGUGAAAAUAACUCGGGACAAAAGGGUGAUCCUGGUUCAAGACAUUCUAUUCGAAAAGCAAGAAGUUCAGGUAAUUUUAGAAAUAGAAAUGAUUUUUUCACCAACAAUGUUAAUGAUGCAACCCUGAUUGUUUCUGAUAAAAUUCCUUAUAAGAGUAAUCCGUACUAUGAUAAUCAUGAAGAAGCUAUCAUUAACAAAAGUGAAGAGGAAAUCAGUCAACGUGAAAAGCCAAACUUGCCUAAUUUGUCACGGUCGAAUUCCAAAAGAAAUUCAUAUAUUGGUUUGAACAGGCUAAAAGAUAAUAAUCUAUCUCGAUCAAAUAAUAAUCUGCAUUACAAUUUGAAGAAUUUGGGCAAGAAUGGCAGUAAUCUGGAAUUAGUCAGGAAAUUGGAACAAGAACGAAAAGGUAUAUUGAAGAAUGGUAAUAGAGAAAGUAUAACAAGCUUAGAUUUAUUUGGUACUAGUGAUGAUGACGACUUAUGUAAUCUCGGACGACAAAUUAAAAAUGAAGAAUCACAAGAACCAGAUGAUGAUGAAGAGGACGCCGAUAAUGACGAUGGUGAUGACGAAAACGAAGAUGAAGACGAAGAUGAAGAUGAUGAGGAUGGGUAUGAUGAUGAUGAUAGCGAAACAGAUUCAAAUCAGGAAUUGAAAUCAUACGAAGAAGGUGAUGAUAAACAUUUAGAGAAGAAUUCCACCAAAAAGGAAUGCAAUGAUAUGAGGGACGAUGUCAUUGAUAUUGAGUUUGAAUCUGUUAGUAUGGAUAACCGUUCAGAAAGUGUGGUAGAUGAUAUCAAUCCAUAUUUUGGAAAGUAA